CUGGGAAAUGGUGUGUACCAAACGUUUUAAGCAGUUCAUUCAGGCCUCUUUAAGGCACUACAGUUCCCAGAGCAAGCAUGGAAGAGGCGGAACAUUUGGAGAACGUAUUCACGCUAACAGACCACUCUACACUUUUUGCCCGAUAUGACUGAAGGGAUGCACCUGCGUAGGCGAGGGGGGCCGCACAAGACGGAACCAGCCACAGAUAUGAGGUGCUGGCGACUGACUAAUAUUGACGGCAGGCAGACCUGGCAUUAUGUAGACGAUGGAGAGACUCCGGAAAGAGAGCAGACAAUGCUAGAGGCUCAUUCUUUAGGGUUGGACACGACAAAGUUUGUGUGUGACUCCCCACAUGCCAACACAGCCUUAUAUGCAGCCAUGAAGGGGAUGCUCUUCUACGGUCACCUCCAGGCUGAGGACGGCCACUGGGCAGGGGACUACGGUGGACCUCUCUUCCUGCUACCAGGUCUACUGAUCACUUGUCAUGUAGCUAAGAUCCAUCUGCAUGAGGCCUGGAAAAAGGAGAUGAUUCGAUACUUGCUGUCUGUUCAGCUCCCAGAUGGAGGCUGGGGCCUACAUAUUGAAGAUAAGUCUACAGUAUUUGGCACAGCUCUGAGUUACACCUCACUAAGGAUUCUGGGUGUUGAUCCAGAUAAUCCAGAUAUGGCCAGAGCAAGGAGCAACCUCCACAGCAAAGGUGGUGUAGUGGGGAUCCCUUCAUGGGGGAAAUUCUGGCUGGCCAUUCUUAACACUUACAGCUGGGAUGGAAUGAACACACUGCUACCAGAGAUGUGGUUGCUCCCGACGUGGAUGCCAGCCCACCCCUCUACUCUGUGGUGUCACUGUCGCCAGGUUUACCUCUCCAUGAGCUACUGCUAUGCUGUGCGACUAGCAGCUGAUGAGGAUGACCUGGUUCUCAGCCUCAGACAGGAGCUCUACAUCCAGGACUAUGCUAGCAUUGACUGGCCAGCUCAGAGGAACAAUGUGGCACCAUGUGACACAUACACGCCUCAUAGUACACUGCUGACUGUCGCUUACAUGAUGCUAAAUAUGUAUGAGGCUCACCACAGCACCACACUGAGAGGAAUGGCUGUCAAAGAACUUUACGAGCACAUUCAAGCAGAUGACCGCUUCACAAAAUGCAUAAGCAUUGGACCGAUUUCCAAGACAAUCAACAUGCUGGUUCGCUGGUACGAGGAAGGUCCCUCUUCUCCAGCCUUCCAGGAGCAUGUGUCCAGGAUCCCUGACUAUCUCUGGUUGGGACUAGAUGGCAUGAAAAUGCAGGGAACCAAUGGGUCUCAGCUCUGGGAUACUUGUUUUGCUGUACAGGCCUUCCUCGAGGCUGGAGCCCAGGAUGACCCUAAACUAGCCGAGUGUCUGGGACGUGCCCGCCAGUUUCUCACCGUCACACAGAUACCAGAUAAUCCUCCAGAUUACCAAAAGUUCUACAGACAGACAAACAAGGGAGGUUUCCCCUUCAGUACCCGCGACUGUGGCUGGAUAGUGGCUGACUGCACGGCCGAGGGCCUCAAGACAAUGCUGCUGCUGAAAGAGCACUGCCCCUCUAUCGGCGAGCCUGUGGCUGCGGAGCGAUUGUACGAUGCCGUCAAUGUGCUAUUGAGCAUGAGAAACCCAGAUGGUGGAUUUGCAACAUAUGAAACAAAGAGAGGGGGGAGACUCCUGGAGCUGCUCAAUCCAUCCGAAGUGUUUGGCGAUAUCAUGAUAGAUUACACCUACGUGGAGUGUACGUCAGCAGUAAUUCAGGCUCUGAGGUACUUCCAAAAGGUCCAUCCUGAACACCGCACAGAGGAAAUAAGGAACACCCUGAGAAAAGGACUAGAUUACUGCAGGAAGGUGCAGAGGCCAGAUGGAUCUUGGGAAGGGUCCUGGGGAGUGUGUUUCACAUAUGGGACAUGGUUUGGCCUUGAAGCCUUUGCUUGUAUGGGCCACAUCUACAAGAACGAGGAUGGAGUAUGUGCGGAGGUGCAGAAAGCCUGUCAGUUCCUGUUGGAUCAGCAGAUGUCAGACGGGGGCUGGGGGGAGGACUUUGAGUCAUGUGAGCAACGUUGCUACGUUCAGAGCAGCUCACCUCAGAUCCACAACACCUGCUGGGCUUUGUUAGGGCUCAUGGCUGUCAGGCACCCUGACCAGCAGGCCAUUGAAAGAGGAAUAAAACUACUGAUUGAUAAGCAGCUUCCCAAUGGAGACUGGCCUCAGGAGAAUGUUGCUGGUGUGUUCAACAAGAGCUGCGCUAUCAGCUACACCUCCUAUAGAAAUGUCUUCCCUAUUUGGACCCUUGGCCGCUUCUCAACACUCAACCCCUGCAGUUCUCUGACUGGAAAAGUCAAGUUGUGAAAAUCUGGAUCAACAUGUCAAACAUCAUUUGUGCAUUUGUGCGGAAGUAGGCCUGUCACAAUAAUCAAUAAAUUCAUAAAUUCAUGGCAUGAUAUAUUUGCCGCCUUGAUAUAUUGACACGUGCAUGCGUGUAUGUUUUCCUCCUCUCUCUCUACCAAACAGGCUGAAUGACAAGAGAGUUCACUCUGUGCAUCUGUCUCAACACCUGGGCGUGUUGGUUCUCUAGCAGAAUGAAGGAAGUGAGUUAAUCCUCCUGUCAGUUAUUUAGUCUGUUUGUCAGUGGAGGGAGGCGGGGCGCAGACGAGUGCACACAUCGAGUGCGUGUUGUGAGGAGUAACAAGCAAGCCAACACUAAUUGCUGAUUAUCCUGAACAGGGCAGGUACUACGAGGGUCAUGAUUCAGACUACAGUGAGUUGAAGCUAGGGUCAUAUGAAAAUGUUAAUUCAUUAAUUAAUUAAUAAUUUACAGGAAACAGUGUUGGAUACUUUCUUUGAGCCUUUCUGGGGGCUUUUGUCAGACAAUAGUGAAAGUCAGAAAUAUUGUGAUUGACUGUGAUUUUUAUUUAAGUGCAAUAAAAGAGACUGAGAGUCAAUUUUAUUUUCA